AUGAUCUCGUCAUCUGGAGGAACAUGGCGACUGUGUCAUGGCCAAGUGUUGCCAGGCUCCCUCGUCCAGCAAGCUUUCUUGACGCACCUCCCAGCUCUUAAUACUCUUAACUCCACUGAGCCGUUGGACGAGGAAGUCAUCCGCCGAGUCGGGGACGAGGAAGUCACCCGCCGAGCCGGGGACGAGGAAGUCACCCGCCGAGCCGGGGACGAGGAAGUCACCCGCCGAGCCGGGGACGAGGAAGUCACCCGCCGAGCCGGGGACGAGGAAGUCACCCGCCGAGCCGGGGACGAGGAAGUCACCCGCCGAGCCGGGGACGAGGAAGUCACCCGCCGAGCCGGGGACGAGGAAGUCACCCGCCGAGCCGGGGACGAGGAAGUCACCCGCCGAGCCGGGGACGAGGAAGUCACCCGCCGAGCCGGGGACGAGGAAGUCACCCGCCGAGCCGGGGACGAGGAAGUCACCCGCCGAGCCGGGGACGAGGAAGUCACCCGCCGAGCCGGGGACGAGGAAGUCACCCGCCGAGCCGGGGACGAGGAAGUCACCCGCCGAGCCGGGGACGAGGAAGUCACCCGCCGAGCCGGGGACGAGGAAGUCACCCGCCGAGCCGGGGACGAGGAAGUCACCCGCCGAGCCGGGGACGAGGAAGUCACCCGCCGAGCCGGGGACGAGGAAGUCACCCGCCGAGCCGGGGACGAGGAAGUCACCCGCCGAGCCGGGGACGAGGAAGUCACCCGCCGAGCCGGGGACGAGGAAGUCACCCGCCGAGCCGGGGACGAGGAAGUCACCCGCCGAGCCGGGGACGAGGAAGUCACCCGCCGAGCCGGGGACGAGGAAGUCACCCGCCGAGCCGGGGACGAGGAAGUCACCCGCCGAGCCGGGGACGAGGAAGUCACCCGCCGAGCCGGGGACGAGGAAGUCACCCGCCGAGCCGGGGACGAGGAAGUCACCCGCCGAGCCGGGGACGAGGAAGUCACCCGCCGAGCCGGGACGAGGAAGUCACCCGCCGAGCCGGGGACGAGGAAGUCACCCGCCGAGCCGGGGACGAGGAAGUCACCCGCCGAGCCGGGGACGAGGAAGUCACCCGCCGAGCCGGGGACGAGGAAGUCACCCGCCGAGCCGGGGACGAGGAAGUCACCCGCCGAGGUAGUCACCCGCCGAGCCGGGGACGAGGUAAACCAGAGGUAUACGUUACUUUGA